AUGAUGGACCUGAAUUACCAGUCGAUGAAAGUGGCUCACCAGGCCAGAGAAGCUGACGAGCAGAGGACUGACAUGAGGAGGAAGAGUCUUCUCGUACUCGUCUACCAUCACCUCAUGAGACAUGGAUACAUGGAGGCGGCUCUGGCCCUGGACCUGGAGACAAACGGCGGUAUGCGGAAGUUUGAAGUGUGCGACAACAUCGACCUGGAGAUGGUGCUGAUGGAGUAUGAGAGCUUCCACUACGUCAAGUUCCAGAGGUAUCCCAAACUCAUCAAGAAGGCCACCGAGCCAGGUGAAAACAGGUCUGGAGCAAAAUCCACUGGAGUAAAAAGAAACUCCUGUUCAGCAUCAAAACCUCUGCCAAAAAUCACAGCCCCAAUCUCGGGGAAGAAGUCAGCCGCCAAAGCACAGCCCCAAGAAAAUGAUGUUGAUUCUUCAGAGUUUGGUCUCAACGUUUCUUCAGCCAUCCAAGGUCCCGGCGGUGAUAAAAAGGGAAAGCUCGGGGAAGACCAAGGCUCAGCAGAUGGAGUCAAAGGCGUCUGUGACUCAGAACAUGUGGAGCGUUUGUUGAAGCCUCUCAGUGGAUUCUCUGGAAUAACAGGAGAAAUGAGAGAACUGGCCACCAUCAUUAGUCGGGAUAUCUAUUUGCACAGUCCAAAGGUGCGCUGGGAGGACAUCAUCGGCCUGGAAGAUGCCAAGCGAUUAGUCAAAGAGGCCGUCGUCUACCCCAUUAAGUACCCACAGUUAUUCACCGGGAUAUUGUCGCCAUGGAAGGGCUUACUGCUCUACGGACCACCAGGCACAGGGAAAACCAUGCUGGCCAAGGCCGUGGCCACCGAGUGUCAGACCACGUUUUUCAACAUCUCUGCCUCCAGCAUCGUCAGCAAGUGGAGAGGGGACUCGGAGAAACUCGUCAGGGUUUUGUUUGAGCUGGCCAGGUACCACGCUCCAUCCACCAUCUUUCUGGAUGAACUGGAGUCGGUGAUGGGUCAGAGAGGGUCCACCAUGGGUGGAGAGCAUGAGGGCAGUCGGCGGAUGAAGACGGAGCUCCUGGUUCAGAUGGACGGACUUGCCAGAUCUGAUGACCUGGUGUUCGUCCUGGCGGCCUCCAAUAUGCCCUGGGAGCUGGACCAUGCCAUGCUGCGGAGGCUGGAGAAGAGGAUCCUGGUGGGUCUUCCCUCGUCGCCGGCUCGACAGGCCAUGGUCUCGCACUGGUUGCCUCCAGUGAGCGUCACAGAGGGAGGAGUGGAACUGACCACGGAGCUCGACUAUGAAGCACUGGCCAAGGCGAUGGAGGGUUACUCUGGCUCUGACGUCACUCUGGUUUGUAAAGAAGCCGCGAUGAGACCUGUGAGGAAGAUCUUUAACGCCCUGGAGUCUCUUCAAAACGGUGAAAUGGACACGCCUUCUCUGCGCCUGGAAACUGUGACCACCUGUGAUUUCAUGGAGGUGAUCGGUCAGACGAAGCCCUCGGCCCGGAGCCUCAUGGACAGAUACAGCGCCUGGGAAACACAGUACAAGGCCGUGUGA